GCAUCCUAAACCAAAAUGAACGAGAAGUUGAGAAUGGUGAAAAUUAGCAAGUCAAGAAGAUAUACCCUCCAAGAGGCAGUGGAAGAGUGUACUCGGCAACGUGAAAGCGACGAGUCAGAGGAGGAAAUGUCUGAGAAAGACAGUGAAAUGUCUUGCAUCGACUCCGUGGCAGAGGACAUGUUCCUAGAGGGAGGAGACAUUACUCUCGACAAGAAAUGUGAUGUAGAUAUGGAUUGGGAGCCAGCUACAUCUGCACCAGUGAGCAGGUGGCCACAUGGAGUGGAGCAGCAGGACAGUUCAUCAGGUGAGGAGCUUCCUUUUCCACAGAACAGCAGGAGACCAAGAGGUAGAGGACAAGGUAGAGGAAAAGGGAGAGGCGUAGAGCAGCAGGACAGUUCAUCAGCUGAGGAGCCUCAUCUUCCAACUCCCCAGAACAGCAGGAGACCAAGAGGUAGAGGACGAGGAAAUGGGAGCGGCUGCAGUCAAGCCAGAUCAACCAGCCCAUCUGAAGAGAGGUGGAAUGAUGUUGACGUUCCAGACAUCACACCACCACAGCCCACCUUCAGACCCAGAAAUGUCCCAGGACCCCAGCUCAUACGUACUGCUACGUACACAGCCCUGCAGUUGUUUCAACUAUUUUUUUACCAACUCUGUUUUGAAGACAAUACUUCAAAACACCAACAACUGUGGAUCAACACACCAUUCAACACCCUCUAUCCCGUGGAUUGAUCUGACAUUGCAGGACAUGUUUGG